ACUCAUUUUCCCUCCCUCCUCACCUCAACGACUUUCUUUUGUGAUAUCCAGUUGCCGUUCCUGUGGAACGUAUACUACCUUGAGGUCCAUUUAUCAUCCUUCCUUGCAUCGCAAUCCUCAAUCAUGUUCACGACAAGAACAUUCAUCCUCCUCCUAUCCUUCCUGGUCGCACUGGUGGCUGCGCAUCCGACGCGUCUCCGUCGCGCUACCUGCCAUAGGUCGGUUGCAGCAGCGAUCGGAUCUACAUCUGCAUCCGUCUCGUCUACCUCACGCGCUGCACCAAUCAACGCGGCAGUCAGCACUGGCAAAGCCUCUGUGACGUCGACAUCCUCCUCCGCACAACCCACCAAGGUCACCACUCCCGCUCCACCCACUUCCGGCUCUGCACUCGGAGCCUUGUUCCCCGUCCCAGGUUUCUCCCAAUCAUGGACAACCUCGCCGUCAUCUGGCUCUGCGCUUGGUCUUAAGGAUAGUACUUUCCGCCCCUUCGACGUUCUUACCAGCGUUCCCCACACCUACGUAAACGCACCUGACGGCAAGGCUUCCAUGAAGGCGCACUACCCCAAGGGUUCCUACAACUUUGGGCACAACCCUCAGGGUGGCUUUUCCUUUUACGCCCCUGGUCCCGCUGCAGUUGAUCUGACUACCGCUAAGGAGGCUACAUUUGGCUACUCAGUGUUCUUCCCUAAGGGCUUCGCUUUCAACCUUGGCGGCAAAUUGCCUGGUCUCUAUGGAGGCAACAGCGCCGGCGAAGCCGUUGACUGCUCAGGAGGCAGCCGAUCCGCCGCCUGCUUCUCAGCUCGUUUGAUGUGGCGAGAGAACGGAAAGGGUGAAUUUUACACUUACCUUCCUCCGUUCACCGAAUCUCGGUUUGCUGCGAACAAGAACGUAUGCAAUGUCCCCCCCUUGUCGGACUGUAAUCCUACGUACGGUGCUUCCAUUGGACGUGGAGCGUUUACGUUUGCCACUGGCGCUUGGACCACCAUCAGCGAACGCGUUAGGCUCAAUGAUGCUGGACAGGCUAAUGGCGAGCUUGAGCUGUUCGUCAAUGGAAGGAGCGUCAUUAAGGUUGGCGGUCUCAUUUUACGGGACAGCGCUGCAGGCAGGAUAAGGGGAAUGCAGAUGCAAACUUUCUUUGGAGGUUCGCACAUCGAGUUUGCAACUCCCAAGGAGCAGGAUGUCUAUUUUUCCGACUUCUCGGUCGCUAUCACGAAAAAACUCUAAACAUUUACCCUGGCAUGCAUACCCAUUCUUCCUACCUACCAUCUGACGUUACGAACGUCAACUUAGAGGCAUGAAUGACCAAACAUCAUUCAUAAUACCCACCACAUGGGCACCUACAUAGAUCCCCAUCACCACACGCCAAACCAGGCACCCACACCACAAGCGAUCUUUAUCUUCCCAUAACCACACGCGCCAGUCGCGUCUAUUGAAACUGUAACUAUUUUCUAAUAACCUCCAGGAGAGGUGUACUACGGGCAGGGAUCGUCACCCUGAAGCCUUUUGUCGCAGGAAUGUUUGAAUGGACUGGCUAGACCAGUCCGAGCAAAAAUCGACGGGCUGUUGGGCUAUUUACUUAGAUUACCGAUACAUAGCUGUUUUUAUUUAAUCACUUUCAAAAAGAAAUUCGAAAGA